CCCGCAGGUCGCUGCUCCUGCCCCUUGCAGUCUGCGCCGACGCGGCCGGAUCCCGGGGAGUCCCCGCGCCGGGAAUCUCCCGCCAGCUGGGCGCUGGGACCGGCGACGGCAGGAGCACGUGGAGCGGCAGGGCAGGCAGCGCGGCAGCUCCAGCCCAGGCCGGCGGCGACAUGGAAGAUAUACAAGCAAAUGCAGACCUGAAAAGCACUCAGGAGCAGUCUGUGCCUGCAGAAAGUCCAGCAGCUUUGAAUGACUACAACUUAACCAAAUGUCAUGAAAUAGAAAAUGUGGACAAUGCAGAAGGCCCAGCCAAUGAAGAUGAAGAUACAGGAGAUGAUUCGAUGAAAGUGAAAGAUGAAUACAGCGAAAGAGAUGAAAAUGUUCUGAAGCCAGAGCCCAUAGGGCAUGUGGAAGAGCCGGAAAUGCCUUACGGCUAUGCAAGAGAAUACAAUGAAUAUGAAAACAUGAAGUUGGAGAGGCAUGUUGUCUCCUAUGAUAGCAGCAGGCCAAGCACUGGGAAGAUGAAUUGCGAUGUGUGUGGGUUAUCCUGCAUUAGUUUCAAUGUGUUAAUGGUGCACAAGCGGAGCCACACUGGUGAACGCCCAUUCCAGUGUAAUCAGUGUGGGGCAUCUUUUACUCAGAAAGGUAACCUCCUCCGCCACAUUAAACUGCACACAGGGGAAAAACCUUUUAAGUGCCACCUCUGCAACUAUGCCUGCCAGAGAAGAGAUGCGCUCACAGGGCAUCUUAGGACACAUUCUGUUGAGAAGCCUUACAAAUGUGAGUUCUGUGGACGGAGUUACAAGCAGAGAAGUUCCCUUGAGGAGCACAAGGAGCGCUGCCGCACAUUCCUUCAGAGCUCGGACCCCGGGGACGCCGCAAGUGUGGAGGCGAGACACAUCAAAGCAGAGAUGGGAAGUGAAAGAGCUCUCGUUCUGGACAGAUUAGCAAGCAAUGUGGCAAAACGAAAAAGCUCAAUGCCUCAGAAAUUCAUUGGUGAGAAACGUCACUGCUUUGACGUCAACUAUAAUUCCAGCUACAUGUACGAGAAAGAGAGCGAGAUCAUACAGACACGGAUGAUGGACCAAGCCAUCAAUAAUGCCAUCAGCUACCUGGGCGCUGAAGCCCUGCGCCCCUUAGUGCAGACACCGCCUGCCCCCACCUCGGAGAUGGUCCCAGUUAUCAGCAGCAUGUAUCCCAUAGCCCUCACUCGGGCCGAGAUGCCAAAUGGUGCUCCCCAGGAGUUGGAAAAGAAGAGCAUUCACCUUUCAGAGAAGAGCCUGCCUUCAGAAAGAGGUCUGUCCCCCAAUAACAGUGGCCAAGACUCCACGGACACUGACAGCAACCAUGAAGAACGCCAGAAUCACCUCUACCAGCAAAACCAUGUGAUCCUUCCUAGGGCACGCAAUGGGAUGCCACUUCUGAAGGAAGUGCCCCGCUCCUACGAACUCCUCAAACCCCCACCCACCUGCCCAAGAGACUCCAUCAAAGUCAUCAACAAAGAAGGGGAGGUGAUGGAUGUGUAUCGAUGUGACCACUGUCGAGUCCUCUUCCUGGAUUAUGUGAUGUUCACCAUUCACAUGGGUUGUCAUGGUUUUCGCGACCCUUUUGAGUGUAACAUGUGUGGCUAUCGAAGCCAUGAUCGAUAUGAGUUCUCCUCUCACAUAGCUAGAGGGGAGCACAGAGCCAUGCUGAAGUGAAUGUCCAGCCCCAGAGCCUGUGCCUGAGUGGGUGGCACUGUCUUUAAAAAAGAGAGAGAGAGAGACAGAUGAACCCUACCUAACCAGUUGCUCAUGAAGCACACUGCAUUCCAAAUGCCUUUCUAUAGCGCUUUCCUAUGCAAAGGGGUCGUAUUCACAUGGAGAGCCUGAGAAACACUGUCUUCACUCAGAGAUUGUUUGCAUGCAGAUCUAUUAUGUUGUUACUUUUAUUUUUCCCAUCAGGGGCCUGAAAUGUGCGGGAUUUAAAAGCCAAAGAAGUAUUUGAUCAUUUUCUUUUGCAGCCAUAGAACAGGUCACUCACUGGAGUUUGUUGCCAGUUGGAACAGUCCCUAGUUGUGCCAUGUGAGACAUUCUUUCUGGGCGACAUCAUGCAGAUGUGAAAAAAGCCUCUUAAUCAUAGCCAAAAUCCACAAGAGUGAAGAACCAACCUUGCCGGGAAGCACCGCCCUUCUGCACUUGACACUUGACACAAGGCUGCCACAUCCAGGUGUGACCUCUACCCCGCUUCUAUCCCACAUCAUAGUCCACGAGCAAGAAAAGGGCAACAGCAAGCAGGAUCUGUCACCAACCCCGAAGACCUCGUUCCCCCCGAGCGCCAGCUGCACCUCCCCACGUUGUCCUGGGUGGCCCAGGCUUCUGCAGUGUGUGCUCCUCAUCCCUUUCUCCAGUGCAGAGUCGGGCUGCUUUGGAUUCAGCCGUCUCCAGGAGAAAAUCUAUACCAGAGGAGCCGGUGGUUUUCAAUCCAGACCAUCACUGCGACUCCAGAAAGUUGGCCACUGAGGAUGACGGUAUCUCUGUCCUUUGACCAGCACUGGCAGAGCAGGGAUCUGCCGGAGGAAGUCUUGGCAGCUGCUUGGCAGCCCGUGUGGCUUUCAUGAGUAUCAGCAGACAGACCCAGAGCAAGCUUGUCCGUGAUUUCUUUUCUUUCCUUUUUUUUUUUGCAUAAAAAAAUGUCAAAGACUCCCAAAAGUGUAGCUUAGCUUCCUCCCCACAGGACAGACGUGUUGCUAAGGUCUGAACUGAACGUGGAGAUGAGGAAGGUGUGAGAAGACACCUCUGUAAACUGGCUGUCCCUGAUGAGGUGGGUUUGGACUCUUCCCUUCCUCCAACCCCCUCCCCCGCUGCCCAUUUUUAGUGGAGUGGCUAAAUUCUAUGAAAAUCCCUCAAAAUAUGAUCUUGGUUGUACAGAUACAUCAGUUAUCUUUCAAACAAUGGGGACAUACUCUAAGGAGCAGUGCUGUGAUAACUGUAAAUGUAGCACCGGUGUUGGAGUCGCACAAAACCCUUUUGCUAAUUCUGUAUUUGCCACUAAUCAGCUAUGUGACUUUAAGCAAAUUACUUAGUUCUUAAAGCUGUGUCUCCCCCAACUAUAAAAUAAGAGUGGAAUCAAGAUUUUUCCUAAGGUCCCUUCCAACUAUAGAUGUGCAUGAAGUAACCUCAAGUCAUUUUUUAAACCUCUUCAUGUGUGAGUAUUAAGCAGAAAAGUAUAUAUAUGAAUAUGUUUCCCAUCUCUUUGAUGUGCAAAUGUUAGUGUGUUAAGUUUUUCCUUUAACCACCGAGUUGUGAAUGUGAAGAAGAUGAUAAGGGAGAAACAAAAAACAGGAAGGUAUUUUGAUCUUACCCCAAACUAUAUACACAAAUUGGCACCUGCAGCUGCUCGCCAAAGCCCACACCACAUUCCACCCCUUUUUCUUUUACCUUUUUAAAAACUUGUGUUAGGGAAAAUAAAUUCUGCUUCCAGAGACAACUUUAUGGCACCUAUUUACAAAUUAAAAACCAGCUUUAUGAAUAUUUCUACCAGAGCUUAGAAUUCCAAAUUUCUAGUAGACGAGUGUUUUAUUUCCAUAGGGCUUAUGUGUUCAGCUCCAAGUCAACUAACGUGUGAGCCGCCAGGAAUGAACAUACAUGUUCCACCUCAGACUGCACACGUGGCUUAGGCUUCUGUGUGACACGGAGUCUGUCUCAGGGAAAAAGGUUUUCUGAAAUUCCAUGGCAACAGCCCCAACAUGUUUGAGACCUCAGUUAAAGGACUAGAUGUAUUUUGGUGUGUAGCCCUUGGUGGAUCACUGUAUUUUCACAAUACUAGACUCCAAGCCAUGCCAGAUUGCUUCCACCCACUGUGAAAGAGGUAUAGUCUUGAAAUAGCACACAUCUUACUGACUCUUUAAGGGACAAGAGAGAAUUUUGGGGUGGGGAUUAGUAGGAAAGAAAGCCAGGAACAGGAAGUGUUCAAGUCUUCACGUCUCAAGACUGACAAAGGCCCUCGGAAUGUGUUUGGCAGCAGGUCCCACUCUGUUCUCCUUUUUCCUAUGAGUAGAUCUGCUGAAUUACUUCUGUGCCUCUGAGGUCAACUUUCCGAGUAGGGUGUCCACUCAUACAAGCUACUCCUUCACUGUCACAUUCUGAGCCUACAUGGGGGCCCACCCCAUGGAGGGGACAUGUCUAUGCGGAAGUUCCACCUUCUUAAUUCUUGAAGUUGCAGCAGGUGGCAUACCAUGGUUACUAUCACCCAGGAAAACUCUCCCUCCUGUAGACAUUGCUUCCACUAAGCAACCCACCACCUUGCCGAGGUAAGGGUGAAGGAGAAAUAGCAGGAUGCCCAAAGGGAAGGGUGGGGCCUGGAUGUGCACCUGCCACUGCUGGGCAGGAAAGUCUUGCGGCAGCAACCCACAGCACGUUUGCUUCUGCACACAGAGUCCUUGUGACUUUGCGCUCUGAAGGUCUUCUCGCUCCCUCAUCUCCACCAGCCCUCUUUUGGGCAGACCACACCACACAUACACCCAGGAGGCCACAAUCUGAGCAACAGGCAAACCCUUGCAGAAGGAGGAAAAGGACCAGAAACAGCUCACCAGAUAUCCCUCCUCAUGAUCUGAGGUGCUAAGUAGAUUAUUUCCCACUUGCAGAGGGCUGAGCAGACGUGUGUCUCCCAUUAUUGCUCACCAUCACUGCUACCAAAGGGAAGGCAGGCCAAAGGUUAUCAGUAAAUCCCCAGUCCUUAGAUGUCUUUGUCUCCAAAAAAGAUAUGUGCCUUGGCACAGUUAAGCCAGCCAGUCAUCUGCGUUGUUACCCAUUCUGAGCCUUGCCUGACUCGGCUUCUGACAUUGGCAGUGACAAAAUUUCUCACCUUUUAAAUGCAGUGCCGUAACAUUCUGUUAGGCCUCAUCCCACGAUGACCCAGACAGAAAAUGACCUCAGAUCUCUUUUGCAUAGAAAACUGCUUCAAAACACAACAUCUUACUCAGAUGACUUUUUAGCACAUCUCACAUCCACGUGAAGUUUUUCCCAGUAGCAUCCGUGUCACUCUUCUCUACCCUUGGCUUUUGUCUUCCUUCUGCUGAAGCUGAGGUUUAGAACAUCUUAAGGCAAAAAGCAGCACUUUUUGGGAUACAUCCAGGACAGAUUGUAAAACCAGAUAAAAAUGUUUCUCUAAUGUCCUAACCUGAAACUAUAGCCUACUAUAGCCCACUGCAAGCUGGUGUGCUGGUCUCCAGUGGCGCUUUGUGGAUAUGCUUGGCUGUCUUUGAGGACUCAGACCAAGAAUGAGGAUGGCAUGAACUCAAGAACAGCAAAGAAGGGAGUGACUCUGUGUGUGUGUGUGUGUGUGUGUGUGUGUGUGUGUGUGUGUGUGUAUCAAGAGCAGAAGAGGGUAAGUGAGCAUGGUGAUAUUGCCUUUAAAGAAUUGGAAGCUGUCUUUGUGGUCACUCAGAAAGAGUAAUCCAGAAAACCCUUCCACAGAUGCCAGACCAGCAGCAUGCUUUGGAACACAAGUGCCUGUAUAGAAAACCAUUUUGACUUUAAGCCAAAGGCUAGUCUUGGGGGCCACCCUGGGGAAAGAACUCUGUCCUCAAAGAUGGCAGGACUGAGUGGCUCUGAGAACAACCAGGGAACCCCAAGACAGGGACUUCUAAAGACUACGGGCUGGAAGGGGCCUAGAGAGAUAUGUGGUGGAAUUUGUGUGCCCUCAUACAGUAAUGUUAGACUGCCUCUAUAAUUCACUCCAUUGUAUGCAGUCUGUACCUCACCAUGCGUGCCAUCCCUGUGUCAAGCACGGGCAUGCACUUUGAAGAAGCCGGACCCAGGUUUCUGCUAAGUAUGGCCAUAGUGAACUGACACACAUGGAUGACAACUGAAUUGCUACAAGAAGUUGGGACAUUCAUGUUUGUACUAAAAAUGUAGUGAUUUAACAAGCGCUCUCUUCCAAGGACGGUGUGAGGUUUUAUAUAAUUUUGUCUAUAGGAAAAAUGUUCCCUCUUUUUUUGUUGUUUUUCUCGCAGAGGUUGGUACAGGUUAUAUCAGAUGGUUCCAAAGUAUCUGCUCUAUGUACUGUGGGAUUAGAGAUGUGAAAAACGUCCCCAAGACCAAGGAGCAAAAUAGCUAUUCUCUUGUAAAUGGGGGCAGCUGAUCACUAACAACAUCCCCUUCACCUCACUUCAGUACAGAAGGGUGAGGCCGUUCUGCACUUGGCAUCCGUGUGAGGUAGCCAUGUGCCACAGAUCCUUCACACACCCCGGCAAGCAGAGCAGCUCUGGUCCCUGACCAUCCAGGAGCCCUGGAUCAUUGCUUUCCCCCAGGAACAUAGAGUUUUCACCAGUGGUUCUCACUGUCCUCUCAACUGACUCUGCUCCAGAAAGCCCCACCAGGCUGCCUGCCUUCUCCCACACCCCUGUCCAUCUCUGUGCUCUGGAGCCUGUCGCACCUGCUGCAUCCAUGAAGUUUGCUUUUCCCUCUCCUGUAAAGACUGAGCACACACACUUGAAAAUGAGGCAGCCUUUAAAAAGACCCAUCUGGUUGCCAUUGACUCAUUUGUUCAAGAACUUUUCCAGGUUAGCAGACAAGGCCCUUUUCGGUGGGCCCUGUGUCUGUGGGUUCCCAGAAACCAAACUACUGUGGGCUGUAAAGUGUUAGCAGGUCACUUAAACAGCAGACGCCCCUUCACCCAGACUGCGGUUUUGCAUGCUCAGGUUCUCAGUCUGUGCGAGCUUUUUGGUGAAGGAUCAUUUUGGCUGCUGGAAAAACCAUAGCUUAUUUUUAACUUCUGGUUGCCAAAGUCACCACACGUGCGGUCUUGAAUGACCCCUGUCUGCAGAACAAAACGGGGGGAAAACAGAAGGUAGCCUGGGACACGGACUGGCCUGGCCCCUCCAUCAGUCGGACUCAGUAUGGGCCUUGUGCCUAUUCAUACACGUUUCUCAGAAAUGCCUCCCAGCCGGAUUGUAACUCUCCCUCUUCACUCCUCCUUGGAAGUCCCACCUCAUGCCUAGCCAGUCGGAACACUGAAAAUCACCCUGUGCCUCUGUAAAGACUCCAAGACAGGCAGCUGCUGAGCCGCAGCCGCGCCCACCCCAUUCUCGCCACCGUGUCAGGAACACCUGCUGACCCUUGGCAAGAUUUCUUUAUCAUGUGUGGUUUUAACCCUGAAAAAUAAAUCCUGGUGUGUGACAGUCA